AUGAGGCGGUGUCCGAGCGAGCUUGGGCAAGUCGACCGCGAGCUCUCCCUCCUUGACCUCAGCCCAUCCACGCCAACGAGCAGCUCAACGAUGGUCAAGAUCAGGAAGAAGACCUCGAAGCGCACGACCACGCGCAUGCGCGAAAAGGUCAAGCACAAGGUGUCAGAGGCUCACAAGAAACAGAAGAAGCACGCAAAGAAAGACCCGACCUGGAAGAGCAAGAAGCCAAAGGAGCUCGGCAUCCCCAACAGCUUCCCCUACAAGGACCAGGUAAUCGCAGAGCAGCAGGCGGAAAAGGCCAGGGUCGAGGCUGAAAAGGCCGCUCGCCGAGAUGCCGCCAUCGCCGCCAACAAGCAAGGCAGCACGCUCGCCUCGACCGCCGCUCUCGCUGCCGCCCUCGCCGCCGACUCUGCAGCUCGGGAAGACGCCCUCGCACUCGGCGAGUCGAUGGACGAGGACGACGAGGAAGCGCAGGUGCAGGACGCGUCGCUCAAAUUGCAUGCCAAGAGCUUGCGAAAGGUCCUCGAGAUGAGCGAUGUCGUUAUCGAGGUCUUGGAUGCGAGGGACCCCGUCGGGACGAGGUGCAGGGCGGUCGAGAGGGAGUUGAAGGCCAUGGAUGGAGGGAGGAAGAAGCUCGUGUUGGUCCUCAACAAGAUUGACCUCGUCCCUCCCGCCGUCGUCCAAGCCUGGCUCUCCCACCUCCGUCUCCAAGCCCCCACGAUCCCCUUCAAGUCCUCAACCCAACAACAGCGCUCCCACCUCUCCGCCUCGUCCUCCUCGACUCCCCAGUCUGCCUCAGGCUCGUCGACCAAGCCUCUGAUGGAGCUCAUCAAGGGCUUCCGGUUGAACCACGCCGCUACCGCUUCGGGCGAGGGUUCGUCCAGCUCGGCGCCGGUCAAGCACUCCUUGACAAUCGGACUCGUCGGACACCCGAACGUCGGCAAGUCCUCGCUCAUCAACACCCUCAAGCGUUCGAAGGCGUGCAGCGUCGCCCCCACGCCCGGAUGGACGAAAGAAGUCCAGGAAGUCGUGAUUGAGAAGGGUGUCAGGGUGUUGGAUUGCCCCGGUGUGGUGGUCGAGAUGAGGGGCGAAGUGGAGGGCGCGUUGAAGGGGAUGAUCAAAGCUGAGGCGGUAUCGGACCCGAAGGCGCCCAUCGAAGCCAUCCUCGCCCGCUGCUCGCCCACCCACCUUCAGAUGCUCUACUCAAUCCCCUACUUCAACGACACGACCUCCUUCCUCCUCGCCGUCGCACGCGCCAAAGGUCGCCUGCGGAAGGGCGGCGUCCCCGAUCUCGACGGGACAGCCCGCUCUGUCCUUCGCGACUGGGUCGCAGGACGAAUCGCGUACUACACUGCGCCGCCUACGAAGGACCAGACUGAGCGUCUCAAAGCCGCUACCAGCGCCGAAGCGGAGCAAGUUGGGACCGUGAGCGAGACGGACGUCGGUUCUGCGACGCUCCAUACGACUUUUGCCCCGGCUUUCGAUCUCGAUGCGUUGUUUGGAGAGGCGGACAAGGUUGCGUUCGGGGAGGACGGCGCGGGAAGUUCGGUUGGCGAGAUGAAGGCUGUCAAGAUGAAGGAGGGGGCGUUGGGCGUCGAGAGUGACGAUGCGGAUGUGGGAUGGAUUGUCGAGGACAAGCCCGAAGAGGCGGAGACGAUGGCCGCGGACGACGACGGUCUCAACCUUGAUGACCUUGUCGACGACGAGGAGUUUGGCGGUUUGGACGAGGACGACGCAAUGGAGGCCGAGGACGAGCAGCCCGCCGCUGCUCCUGCACCUGUCCUGCCGAAGGGCAAACGCGCCGCGCCUUCGUCGACAAGCGACAUCGUCUCUGUCGCCCCGCCCGCCAAGAAGAAGAAGGCCGUCAAGAGCGUCUCCUUCUCCUCCACCCCGCUCGGGCCGACCGGCUCAACCUCCGCGCCCGCUCCCUCGGCCGCCGCAGCGAACACCAAGCUCUUCACGUCGGUCGAGGCAGAGGGUGAUGUCUCGCUCAACAAGAAGAACAAGCGUCAGGCGAAGAAGGACAAGAAGCGCGCUGCGAAGCAGACUGCCAAGAUGGACGCCGAAGUCGGAGCUGCGACGCGCGAGUUUGGAGAAGACGCAGAGUUGCCCUCGAAGCCGAGGGAGGCGCAGACUGUCAAGGCUGCCGGGCAGGUCGGCGGCGCGUACGACUUUGCGGAGUUCUUUGCGGUUGGUGGGAAGGGCGGUGCGGCAGGCGGGAAGAAGCGCAAGGGCGCGAACAACGACGACGACGAGGAGAUGUCGUAG